UUUACAUAUGACUUUUAUUGUUUUACCUUUUAUGAUUAUAAUUAUUGACGAAAUUAUGUUUUCAAUAGAUCUCUUAUCUUAUAAUAUUUAUUUAUAUUUCGUCAACGAAACAAAUCACAAAUCAAAACCUUCGCUGAAAAUCUAUUUUUAAUUUUAUGAAAAUAAACCAGUAGCUACUGGGUUCGCGUUAUUUGUUAUUAUAGUAGGUCGUUAAUUAUUGCAAGUGAAUAUGUUAAUCUAAUUAUAGUAAAUCUUUAUCAAUUAUCAGAUGCUUACAACGUACAUCAUUUCUAAAUAAAUAGUAAUGAGAAUUGUUUUUACUCUCUUAUAGACCUCUAGUCUAAUAGAAUAAACAUGUCAUCAAUAAUAUGCGUUGCAAUAGUGGCUUUUUCUUUAAUUGUUUUAAGUUCUUCAAGUGUUAUCAAUAUGAAUUCUGAUAAAGACAAAAUGAAUAGUGAUAUUGCUAUUUCCAAAGAUUUUGGGAAUGACACAAAUGAAGCAAUAGUUACAGCAGCAAGUGAUUAUGUGUAUCGUCCAUUGUAUGUGUACAGAAAAAUUGAACACAGCAAGCGAAAAUUCAUGAUGUACAAUGCUUUUCUUGGAUAGGUAUUCAAUGUGAAUGCAGGAAUAUCUCCAGUUCAUGACUUUAGAAAUCAAUUAAAUUCACAAAUAGUUGGAGAAAAAUUGAUUAUGUCAUCACCACACAACGUAAUCAAACACUUAGAUAACUCCAUUCUGAAGGCAACUAAAAAUGUAACCAAUAAUCCAAAAAUGGAGGAAACGCUGUACCAAAUGUCGAAGGAUCUAGUAUCUGCCAUACUAUCUAAACUUGAAAUCCAGGAUAAAAUUACUAGGAUAACUCGCGAGGCUUUAGAUGCACCAGGGAAAAGUAAAGGAAUGACAGCCAUAGAAACUCGACGUAUUUUGGACUAUAUAUCGAGAACCUUGUCUGGACAUAUUUUGUCUAUAACGAGAGCUUCUACAGAGCCUGAGUUACAUCGAUUAGUGUAUGGAUUGGCACAAAUUGCAGCAGAAGUAUCUAUAGUGUCCGCAUUAAAAGACAUAACAUAUUCAACCGCAUUAUCGAAAAAACAAUCUGUUGAUUUAUCUCUGCGAAAAAAGCGAUCUAUAAAUGUAGACCAUAAUAGUGUGACAACACAGCCCUCGAUUCAAUCAACGGUAUAUAAUAUUAUUUUAAAUAAGCCACCCGCAUUUAUACGUAACAAUAUUUCAACUGAAUCCCCCAAAAAUAAUAUUCUUUCCAACAUAACACGAUACUCAGUUAUUUUAUCAAACGCUAAAACACCAGUUCGAAUUGCACCAAGUAAGAAAAGAGUAUUAUCAAUGCCAUCGAAAGGAUUUUUAAAUCAAACAGUCUUAGAAACAGUAGUGAAUGACGAUGUAAAUGAAACUGAAGCUAUUUUACUAGAAAAGAAACUGAAUGCUACACAUGUCGUCAUGCAAGAUAGCCAAACACUUGAUACUCAAGAAAUGAGUGCUCCAAAUCUGAUAGAUGAUUGGGUUGAUCCCAAAGAAAAAAUAUACGCACUAAAUCCUGAUGUUAUUGCUGAAAUGGAAAUUGAACAACCUGAAGUAGUAGAGGACGAAAUCACAAACGAGAAAAGGGCGAAACAGAAAUUGGAAAAAUUAGAAGUUAAAGCUAAAAAAGCUAUACUAUAUGCCGGGGAUGUUGCAUAUUUAACAGCAGCAAGUGUUGUUGCUAUGAGACGCGCCUUAACUGCAUCGAUUGAGGUACAAAUGUCUGUAAAUUACGCUAAGAAUGGAAUGUCUAACCAUCAAGAUCUAAUGAUGAAUUUAGCAAAAACUGCGGCACAACAAGCUGGGAAAGAGGCUAAGAGUGCUGCGUCCAAGUCUUUGGCAUGUGAACGCGUAAUAAAAUUAGCACUUAAAUACACAGCACAAUCGAAAGGAGCAAAACUCAAUCAUGUUGCAAAUAGAGUAGUGAUGGAUACAUUGUCAUUAGCAACACUCGCUAAAUCUAUGGCUUUCGUAUCAUCUGAUAUUGCGAUAAAUUCAUUAUAUCAAGCAACUGACGUAAAGCCCCCAUCGUAAUAUAAAACAUUAAAACGAAUGAUAAAAUAAAAA